AAAAGCCUCGUAUAUUUUUCAUUUUUCCCUUUGAAGCUUAUUACUCUUAUUACGCUGCACCCAUCUCCCUCCUCAGAGCGUACUCCGAGCUCUUCAUUGAAGCGCCUUCCGAUCUUUCUCUCCUCCAUUAUAGGAGCUUCUUAGAGAGAGCUAGAAGUUACUGAUGGCUGCUAGAGUGCUCUCUCGAAUAAAAAACAGCCCCCUUGUCAAUACACUGAGGCAGGCUAGUUCUCCGUUUCGCAGCUCUUCAACUGUAACACAGGGCCAGCCAUCUGCUACUCUUGGCUCAUACAGCUCAGGAUGGACCAUUUCACCUUCUUCUCUGGGAACUACUUUGAAGAAAUCCAGUGAUCUUAUUCCUGCAAUGGGCUCUCUAUGGGGAUCAGUUAUUGCUCAGCCACGAUCUGGUUUUUCUUUGAGUGUUCCUAGGAUGGCAGUAUCUGUACGCUACAAUUCUACAUCAGGGAUAUACGCAAAUGUAAGGAAGAGAUUCAGCAAACAACGCAGAAAUAGAGGUGAAAUGAAGGGAGUUUCAGAUAAUGAUCUUUCUUUUGGUAAGUAUGCUCUUCAGGCACUUGAACCAGCUUGGAUCACAUCAAAACAAAUUACAGCAGGGCAGCUAGCAAUCAAAAGAAACAUGCGUGGUGGAAAACUAUUCAUGCGCAUAUUUCCGCACAAACCGAUUACUCUAAGACCUGCAGAAACACGUAUGGGUCGUGGGAAAGGAAACAUAGCACAUUGGGUAGCUGGUGUUAGAGCCGGGAGAAUAAUUUAUGAAAUAAACGGAGUGCCAGAAAGUGUAGCACGCAAGGCAAUCACGGUUGCAGCAUCAAAAUUCUCUGUGAGGACCAAAUUUAUCAAAUCUACAACAUAGUUACAAGAACUUGCUGGAGAAUAUUUUUAAAGGCUGGAUUAUGAGCUCCGUGUGAUUGAAGGUAGAGAAACAUGGCUUUUAAAUGCUCAGUAAACUGCAGCCGAAAGGGUAUUACAGAUGAUAUCGGACUCUAACUAGCUAGUAGUUGAAUUGAAAUUCUUACUCUUAAGCUGUAUUUGGUUGGGUGGAAAACAUUUUCUGGAAAAUAAUACAAGUAUGAACAUUUUAUCUUUAAUCA